AUUGUUCUCAGUCAUCGCCUGGAAAGACCAGGUGAUGUCAGUCUCAAAGGUUUUAAAAGCCCAGACUCAUCUGACCUUGCUCCAACAAUCAGCACCAUGGGUUCCCCUAAGCAGUUGUGUAGAACACUGAAACUGAGAAUAGUUGAUGCUCACAAAGCAGGAGAAGGCUAUAAGAAGAUAGCAAAGCGUUAUCAGAUACCCAUAUCCUCUGUUCGGAAUGUAAUUAAGAAAUGGCAGUCAUCAAGAACAGUGGAAGUUAAAGCAAGAUCUGGAAGACCAAGAAAAAUAUAAGACAGAACAGCUCGCAGCAUUGUGAGAAAAGCAAGCCAAAAUCCACGUUUGACUGCACGAUCCCUCCAGGAAGAUCUGGCAGACACUGGAGUUGUGGUACACUAUUCCACUAUUCCACUAUAAAGAGAUACUUGUACAAAUAUGGUCUUUAUGGAAGAGUCAUCAGAAGAAAACCUCUUCUACGUCCUCACCACAAAAAUCAGCGUUUGAAGUUUGCAAAUGAACAUAUAGACAAGCCUGAUGCAUUUUGGAAUAAAGUUCUGUGGACCGAUGAGGUUAAAAUCGAACUUUUUGGCCGGAAUGAGCAAAGGUACGUUUGGAGAAGGAAGGGCACAGAAUUUAAUGAAAAGAACCUCUGUCCAACUGUUAAGCAUGGGGGUGGAUCAAUCAUGCUUUGGGGUUGUAUUGCAGCCAGUGUCACAGGGAACAUUUCACGAGUAGAAGGAAAAAUGGAUUCAAUAAGAUUCCAGCAAAUUUUGGACGCUAACUUGAUGCCAUCUGUGAAAAAGCUGAAGUUAAAGAGAGACUGGCUUCUACAAAUGGAAAAUGAUCCUAAACACACCUCAAAAUCCACAGUGGAUUACAUCAAGAGGCGUAAUCUGAAGGUUUUGCCAUGGCCUUCACAAUCUCCUGACCUCAACAUAAUUGAAAAUCUAUGGAUAGACCUUAAAAGAGCAGUGCGUCACAGACAGCCCAGGAAUCUCAAAGAACUGGAAGACUUUUGUAAGGAAGUAUGGGCGAAGAUACCUCAAACAAGAAUUGAAAGACUCUUGGCUGGCUACAAAAAGCGUUUACAAGCUGUGAUACUUGCCAAAGGGGGCAGUACAAGAAAAUACAGUACAGAAAUACAUAUUUGUGGGAUGACCAUUUCUUUCAACUAUAACAGCCGCUGUGGGAGGCCGGGGAGACAAUGCAGCUGCGGGCGUCUGGUUGCCAGGCAACGUAUGACGCGUUCCCGGGACACCAUCGGCACCAGCGGACUGACGUCAUCGGCAAGCACCCACAGUGGAUGGAUGCCACGCGGGACGCUGCCGGAACCCGGCCUCCUCCAGCGGCGGGGGGUAUUUAGGGCGUCAAAGUAUAAAGUUGGAAAGAGCCUGGCGCCACAGUUUUAUAGCGAUACCGGGGACCAUUGCCACAACCAAGGACUACUACAGAAACAUCUGCCACCGAGGAUCAAAGAGCCACCAGGAGGGAACAGGAUGUUUCCAAAGAGCCUCCUGCCACAGACCUGGAUGAAACCAAGACAGUGGAUAUGCAAACCAUCCCCAGCGUGUUUGAGUCCACAGGAGUCACGGAGGACUCUUUCGAGGGAUUUGAUGACAGCCAAAUGGACCCAGCUUCAUUCCCUAGCAGAAGACUUUCGGGAGAAGACAUGGGUCGAGUCUUGGAUGUCCCAGGAGCGGUGGGACCUCAGACUCAAGAAGAUGAAAUGCCACAAAGAAGCUCUGUCAUGGCUAGUGGAAUUGGACCGUUUUUCAGACCGGACUUACUUCAGGAAGAUUCGUACGACUAGGAUGUGGAUCCGCUGCCAACUGCUUCCAUGCCUCUUUCUUCAACAUUUCGAGUGGUGGCGGAUAUUCAACAAGGACAAGCACCUUCAUGUGUCAACAGAGUCAACACCUUGGCUGUGGAGUUUCUGCAACAUCAGGACAACUUCAGAGAUACCAUGAACAUCCAUAUGGACGGUUUGAGGACAACAAUGGACAGUAUGGCCAACACAAUUCAAGAAAUGUGGAAGACACAACGAGAGGAUUGAAACACCAUCACCAUGGACACUCUUUGGAUUCUCACUACAUCCGUCUGCAAAUUGGUGCACAACGCGGCAUGUCAAAGUGCCUCAAUGAACAGCAUGGCAGCUAGCCAAACAUUAGCAAGUCUCAGCCUCAUCGCGACUUCCAUCCAACUCAUCGCUGACAAACUUCCAGGAGCACCACAACCUCCACCAUCAAGACCACCACCACCAGCUGCACAGAGACCCCCACUGUAUGCCCUUCCUUCACUUACACCCUGGUAUGGACAAUCUCAACAAUACCAAGGGUAUCAAGGGAUGUACCCCGUGUACAAGCAUACCCGACCAGCAGCACCAACAAGACCUCCAAGAAGACGUACACCAGCACCAAGCACACCACUAAUUCCAGAUCCGGAUAAAGAGGAUACUGGAGUCUGAAAUACGGUUGUAUAUUUUAAUUUUUUUAUAUGUAUACUUUUGUGUCCCUCUUUUCUCCUUCCCAUUAUUUUAUUAUUUUCUAUGCAAUUUUUUUUUAAUGUGCAAAUUUAUCCUGACAAAGGAGUUGGGCGUUCGAUUUUAUAUACUGUAUACAUGCGAGUGUGUGUAUAAAUGUGGUGAAAGGAUGACAGCUCCUUUACAUAUUGGCUACGGUUUAUUCAAAUGGGCCAUAAAGAGCAAAUUCUGAUCCCACAUUUCUAUUUUUUAUAAAAAGUUUUUGAAUUGUACCAUGGUGUACUAUUGGAUUAUUUACCAUUUGUUUUCUUUAAUAGGGUUAGGCCGAAAUGCACUUGUGGAAAAUGUUGACCAUGUAGAGAUGAUAUGGGUAUUCUACAAAGAAAAACCUAAUGGAAUAUCAAGGUCAAGAAAAACACAAAGAAUUACAUUUCUAAGUUUUAUUUUUGAAUACAAUAAAGAUAUUAAAACUUUUUUUAAUCAAUAAAAUUUUGAAAUCAAA